GAUGGUCACUAAAGAAAAGGCGGGAAACGUUAACAGAUGACAGAUCUCGACUUCGCAUGUUCUGUGAUUGUAACUGGCAGCAGAGAUAUUCACAUCUUCCGACUUCCUGUGAUACUGUGAUUGCUGAGACCUGUGACUGUUCUGUGUUUAGACUGCACUAGCACGUAGUUUUACGCUCCAGACAGUAGACAGUUUUAUUAGAGCAAUACAACAUGGAUCACCCGGAUCAAGUAUCAUCAGAAACGUGUAUACACUGUGGAAAAAAAUUUGCCAAUUGCAAGCUAAAAAAUCGACAUAUCAAAAGAAUACAUGGCAUUGUUAUAGAAAACUCUCGGAGGUGUCACGUUUUAUGCCCAUUGUGUAAAGAAGGAAACAUUUUAAAGACUUAUGAAAAUUUACGGAAUCAUAUUGAAGAAAUUCACAAGGUAAGUAUAGAACAUGUAAAGUUUGAAUUCUGUAGCGAACAACAAUAUGAAGACUGGAGAAAUGCCGAAAAAGUGGAUACAAAUUAUGCAAAAUAUAGAACAAACUCAUGUAAGAGUUACAAAACUAUAAAUUAUGAGUGUAACAGAAGCAAUACCAAGGGAUAUGGAAGCAACUACUGUAAAAGAACUGAAAAAGCUGGUGGCACAAUAAAAAUACAUGGAGUGUGUCCUUCAAAGUUAAUUGUUAAGAUUUAUAAUGAUGGAAAGAUAACUGUUGACUAUUGGAAAACUCAUGUUGGCCAUCAAAAAGAUGAAUUAAGAAGUAAGCAUUUGUCAGCAGUAGAGAAGAAUAUGGUGAUUGAAAAAUUAAAGUCUGGUGUAUCAGUAGACAGAAUUUUAGAAGAUGCAAGAAAACUAGAAAUGCCUAAAUUGGAACGAAUAAAUUUGUUAAAUAGAAAAGACGUUGCAUAUUUAUCCACUAAACACAAUAUUGAAGGAAGAAGAGAUAAAAAUGAAAUGGUAGCAGCUGCUUUGAAAGUUAGAGAAUGGAAUAGAGAAGGCAAAAAUUUUGCAUUUUUCUUCAAACCGGAAGCCUUUAUGAACUCUGCAAUGGAAGACAAACUUCGAAAUUUCACGACGAUUGUUUGCAUGGAUGGUACACAUGGGACAAACAAAAAAGGACUGGACUUAACAAUUAUGCUGAUUAAAGAUGAUAGAAAUGCAGGAUUCCCAGUUGCUUUCUUUUUAUCAAAUCGUUUAGACCAACAAGUACAAGAAGUGUUUUUAGGUGCUCUUAGGAUAAAAAUGCAGCAGGAUAUUAAACCUGAAUAUUUUAUGAGUGAUGACGAUCCCAAGUAUUACAAUGCAUGGAUUAAAGUGAUGACAAACAAACCACAAAGACUUUUGUGUUCAUGGCACAUUGUAAAGAACUGGAAUAUCCAAGGAAAAAAAAUCCAUGAUGUUACAAUGAGAAAACAAAUGAAGCAAGAAAUGAAAAGAAUUUUAAAUGAGACUAAUGAGAAAAAAUUUAUUGAACUGAAGGAUGCAUAUCUGAACAAGCUGCAAGAAGCAAAUGAGCUGGAUUUUGCAAAUUAUCUUUUAAGGUAUUAUUUUCAGGAUGAAGACAGGAUUCGAAUGUGGGCCCAUUGCUAUAGAAAAAAUGCUGGAAUCAAUACCAAUAUGGCUAUAGAGAGUCUUAAUAAUUUAUUGAAGACUAAUCAGUUAAAAAGUAGAACAAGAGUAACAACAGAAAAAUUACUAGACACAAUUGAAGACUUGGUGGAGAUAAAAAUGUGGCAGAGGAUUUUAAGUAUUGAAAGGCCUAACGCUAACAAUUACCAGGACAGAAUUAUCAUUAAAGCACACAAGGAAGCUCACAGAAUAAAAAACAAAAUAGAAGUAAUUGAAAAACAGCUAGGAGGAUUCCAAGUUAAGUCUUCAAAAAAUGACAAUUUUUAUAAUGUUAAUUUAAAACAAAUAUGUGAGAGUGAAUGUAAAACAUUAUUUUGCAGAGUGUGCAAAAUAUGUAUCCAUCGAUAUCAGUGUGAUUGCCCAGAAUACAUGAUAAAAAACUCCAUGUGCAAGCAUGUGCACUUGGUAUGUAUGUAUGAGGAGCGGAAGGGUACUAAUUCUGUUCUAGAUGAAGCUGCUGAAGUUCUGGGACAAAACUCGCAAAUUAGGAUCCAUCAUCAAGAAGAAAUUUCCCAAUUUUUAAAAGAAAAAAUGACGCAAGAGGAAGUGGAUGAAGUGACUGAACCAAAUUGGAGAAUGGUUACAGAAAAACAUUUAACAAACUGGAUACACAACUUAAACGAUGAAACUUUUGUCAGUUUUUGGAAGGACAUACAAGGGAUUAUGAGAAAAGCAGAUGAAAAAAGUAACACAACAACCACUAAGCGAAAAAUGGAAAAGCAGGAGUACUUCCCUACAAAAAAACGAAUGCACGCGAACAGAAGUGAUUCAUAAAUGAAGAAAUGGAGAAAAUAUUGACAAAUGGUGAAAAGAAGAAAUUAUGUUAAGAGAUAUUGUUUAACAUUAAAUUUGUCGUUCAAAUUAUUAUAGAUUUCGUAUAAAAUGUAAUUUAGUAAUUUGUUUAUGAUUCU